UGAGCCAAUUGCGACCGAACACAAUAUGAAAUCCGAAGAAAAUAUUUGUGUUCGCAAUUAGCUGAACACCGAGUUUGAGGAGUUGUAUCAGUUCUGAAUCAACCGUCGAUUAAAAUGUUGUGUCUGUUGAAAAUCCUUGUUUUAAGUGUAAAUAUUUACCUUAGUCAAGGUCAACUGUUUUUAACAUCAAAUUUACCAUGGUGGCGGAUGGUUAAGGAUCGUUCACGUGACAGCGGUGACCGAUUGCUAUUGACUGGAUUAUUGGAGAGUGGAGAUGAUUAUUCAGCUAGACGAGCUUCAAGAGUGGAUGAAAAGUAUUUCUUAGGAGUUGUAAGCUACUCUGGAUAUCUAACGGUCGAUGAGAAACAUGAAUCGAAUUUAUUUUUUUGGUACUUUCCCGCCCAGGGCACAGAACAUUUAUACGAAGAAGAUCAAAAAUAUGAUGAUUCAGAUAAUGAUGAUCAUGAUGAUUAUUAUAGUAACACAUUUCAAACUAAGUCAACAAACCACGAUUCGCCGGAAAAUGAUGAUAAUCGUCCAGUUGUUUUGUGGUUACAGGGAGGGCCAGGAAGUUCUUCUUUGUUCGGCCUAUUCACAGAAAAUGGACCAUUUUUCAUAAACGAAGACAAAAUUUCUAUAAGAAAAAAUCCGUACUCGUGGCACACUAAAUACAACAUUCUAUUCAUCGAUAAUCCCGUUGGAACUGGUUUCAGUUUUACUGAUGCAAGUGGCUAUUGCCAGAACAUUACCCAAGUAGCAAAGCACCUAUAUUUAGGAUUACGUCAAUUCUUCCAAUUAUUCCCAUGGCUGGCAUCGAAUCCAUUCUACAUAACUGGUGAAUCGUUUGCUGGAAAGUAUAUUCCGGCUAUAGGAUUUGAAAUAAACGAGAGAAAUAAAAUUGAAGAUUUCCAAAUUAAUUUACAGGGUUUGGCUCUGGGCAAUGCGCUAUCCGAUCCUUAUAAUAUGCUGAAUUACGGUGAUUAUGCCUACCAAACUGGAUUGGUCGAUAAGCACGGGUGGAGACAGAUGAAAAUAUUCGAGUAUCUGGCAAAAGAGCAUGUAAAUGACGCAUACGGAAAGAUUUAUUGGGAUGCUCAGCUGUACGCGUUCGUCCAAGCCAGCAAUUAUUCAAACGUUUACAACAUUCUUGAGCCAAAUGCUUUGGAAUUUGAUCCGUUCGCUUUGUUUAUGAAUCAACCUCAUAUUCGAAAAGCAGUACAUGUGGGGGACCAGGAAUUUGCUUCGUCCACUACGGUUUACUAUAAUUUGACACCGGAUUUUAUGACUACUGCCAUGCAUUGGACUGAAAAAUUAUUGAACGAAGGUCUGAGAAUCAUGUAUUACAGCGGAAAUAUGGAUGUAAUUGUUGCGUAUCCUUUAUCUGAAGAAGCUUAUAGUCGGAUGAAGUGGAAUGGAAUUGAUGCUUAUAGGUCAGCUUGUCGUAAUCCAUUUUAUGUUAACGACACAUUGCAUGGAUAUGUUAAAAAAGCCAAUAAUUUCUACGACGUUCUAAUUUUGAACGCUGGUCACAUGGUUCCUACGGAUCAACCGGUUGCUGCACUCACUCUGCUGAACCGAUUCAUCGAUAAUACUUUGUGAUAUUUGGAUCUGGAUUCUGUGUCAGUAACAUUUAAAUAAUUUAAUGUUCUAUAUUUAAUCUAUAUGAUUGGAUGCGCGUCAUAUUAGUUUCUAAAACAGGACACAUGUUAAAUAAAUGUUUAAUUUAAUAUCAAUUUGUGCAUCACAUUACAAUUAAAAUGUUUUCUUUUUCAACUUG